CAUACAUUUUGUUUAAAGCCACAAUUGGAUAAACCUCCAAAAGAGGAAUGGAUAUGUCCAAAAUGCAAUUUGGCUGAGAAAAAAGAAUCCAUCAAGAAUUCGCCUAAGGCUAAUAAGUCGCCGUAUCGAACUUCACAAUCUACUCCUACUAGACCACUAAGUUUAAAAGGACCAUUCACGAAAUCGCCACCAAAACACGGUAGUAAUUCACACAGUUCACCGAAUCAAAUAAAUGCUGCACGCCUUGGAAAGCGACAGAUAUUUGGAAGUCCUCGCAAAUCUGGUAGAGAUGGCGGUGAUUUGGUUGACAUAUGGGAGUUCAGAGACGAUACAUCCGAAGGAGAGAAGAAGCUUAAAAGAAAACUCUCCGAGGAAUGUUCCACUUCGCCUAAAAAGAAAUCAACAAAAAACGAGAGCAACAUUCGCCAAGAGAAAACAAAAACCACACCAAAAACAGGCGAAAAGGGGAGAAAACAUUAUAAUUUUCAUAGAACUUGCCCGACGCCGGGAUGCGAUGGAUCGGGUCAUGCUACUGGUGUACUUUUGUCGCAUCACACGCCAUCGGGAUGUCCUAUACUUCGUUCGAAGAAGAAAAAACGACAGCGAAGAGAGGAGAAGAGUUCGCCAAAGAAAUUCCAAAAACAUUCCAAAUCUCCUACAAGACGAAGCCAAAGGAAGCCGAUUCCAGCUUCGAACGAAUUUCAUCUAACCCAUUCGCUUAAAGUGAGCGUACCAUCUUUAUCCAAGUUACAAACUAAAAGCUGCCGAGAGAGACAUGAAAAUAAACCCCGUGUCGAGAAUUCGAAGACUGCAACGUGUGAAACAAAGACACCGGUGACAAGGACUCCUAUCUCAGCCGCUAAUUACAACAAAUCAUCGUUUAGCAAAGAGGAAGAAGAGCAUUUGAAAGAACUAGUGACUGAAUACGACUUUAAUAUGUUCAUGAGAGCCAAAGAGAAGGCUGCAAAGAUGGUGGGAACCUUUGAACCAACCAGCACAAGUUGUAAUGUACGUCGUAUUGAAUUCGGUAUAUACGAUAUCGAUGCCUGGUACUCAUCUCCCUAUCCGCAGGAGUAUUUCCAUCUUCCGAAAGUUUAUGUGUGCGAAUUUUGUCUGAAGUACAUGAAAAGUUUGACCAUCUCAAGAAGACACAUGGCAAAGUGUACGUGGCGUUACCCGCCAGGGGAUGAAAUCUAUCGCAAAGGGAAUAUUUCUUUCUUCGAAGUUGACGGCAAGAAAGAAAAGACCUAUUGUCAAAACCUCUGCUUGCUGGCUAAACUUUUUUUGGACCAUAAAACCCUCUAUUACGACGUGGAACCUUUUCUGUUUUACAUUCUGACGCAACGUGAUAACACAGGAUGCCAUUUAGUUGGAUAUUUUUCAAAGGAGAAAAAGUCCCGUCUGAACUACAACGUUUCCUGCAUAUUAUGCCUCCCACCGUAUAUGCGACGUGGGUUUGGAAAAAUGUUGGUCGCGUUCAGUUACUUAUUGUCGCGAACUGAGUGUAAAACAGGCUCUCCUGAGAGACCUUUAUCAGAUCUUGGUCUGAUAAGUUACAGAAGUUAUUGGACCGAGAUAGUCCUUGGAUUCCUGAACGAUAACAAUGAUGACGCUGUCUCUAUAAAAGACAUUAGUGCACUGACAGGAAUUAACACCGCUGAUCUUAUCAGUACUUUGCAAUAUCUGGGAAUGCUCAAGUAUUGGAAAGGCAGCCAUAUUAUUUUGAAACGUGAAGACAUUCUUAAGGAAUAUCAAGACAAAAUAAGAAAUCGUCCGCCAAAUUAUGGCGCAGUUGAUCCAAACUGCCUGAAAUGGACACCGCCUGACCAGAGGGAGGAAAAAUCGUGAGGGAAACAAAAACUCUUCUCUUACAUGAAGACGAAAUGUUGAUGAUAGAAAGGCUUCUCUGAUUAUGCGUAAAGCAUCGUGACAACGGAGACAAAAACAAACUUCUCCGAUUGACGGGAUAAUUUGAGAACAAAUAAACAUUUUGCCGUGUUAAAAUUUACGGGUAUAUGUGUUCAAGGUAGAUGCAAGCCAAAGUAGGGAGAGAUCCCUGGCUUUGG